UUUCGUUUCGACUUGCCUUAAGGAUGUACCGGUCUUUCGGUGUUCUUCUGGCAUUUUUCGUAGUGCUGCAUGCAGCCAAAGUACGGAAGCAACUAGCUUCCCAACAAUGUAUCCCCGAGGACGUCACUUUUCUGGUAGAUUCUUCAUCAUAUGUAGGAGCUGAUUACUUCAGAAUCCAAUUAGAUUUUAUCAAAUCAACCAUAAAUUACUACUACAUAGCACCUCAGUGUACACGCGUAAGCAUAGUCACCUUCAGUGAUGGCGCCUACAACUCGUUCUACCUCAACCAGUAUUCGAACAAGGCAGCGUUAUUCAAUGCAAUUGACAAUAUCCAGUACAGACCGGCUUCGGCUAGAUACACUACCGAAGGUCUCAAGUACAUGAUGGCAAAUAGUUUCUCUUCUUUACAUGGUGGGCGAAACAACGUGCCGCAUAUUGGAGUACUCGUGUCCAAUGGAUUACCAGCCAACACACAAACAUUUUUGCAAACUGCCACACAGGCAAAACAGAGUGGAAUCAAGUUGUACACAGUAGGAGUUGGCACUGGUGGACACUUGCAACAAUUCGCAACAGCAGCAAGUCCCCCCUACAGUCGUUACUCUUUAGUGGCUGAUAGCUACUCGUCUAUUAAUGAUCUUUCUUACCCACUUGCGUACAGAACAAUGAGUGAGGCUCCAGCUGUGUCAUCUCAGAAACAAACAUGUCUACAACGUGCUGAUCUAGUUUUCCUUGUCGAUGGUAGUGGAAGUAUUGGACCAAACAAUUUCGACAAACUUAAAAGCUUCCUAAAAGGUAUCACAAGUCAACUUGAUAUUGGUGCCGACAAAGUCCAUGUUGGUGUCGAGCAGUUCAGCAAUUAUCCGUCAAUUGAGUUUCCGCUCAAUAUGCACACAACAAGUGCUGGUCUCAAUACUGCAAUCGACAACAUCAACUACAUGAGCGGUGGAACCAACACAGGAAGCGCCAUCGAUUACAUGUCUCAGCAGAUGUUCUCCCAGACAAGCGGAGCGCGUUCAAACGUUCCUAGAAUCGCUGUUGUCAUUACUGAUGGCAAAUCCUCCAGCUCCGCGGCUACUGCCACUGCUGCCGACCAAGCCCGACUCAAUCACAUCUCUAUGCUUGCUGUUGGUGUCGGCAAUGGUGUUGACAUCAGCGAACUUCAUAGCAUUGCCGAUGAUCCCGACAGUGCCAACACAUUUACAGUUAGCAGCUAUGAUCAACUAAACUCCAUUGCGACCCAAAUCAUUCAGAAGGCUUGUCAAGUGAGAACAACGGCUCCUCCAGCCACCAACACAAACGCUGGGGCCACUCUUCCACCUGAUCCUUGCCAGGACUCCCUUGCUGACUGUAAACGUUACGGACAAAGUGUCUGCAUAAACUACGCUCCUUGGGCUCACGACAACUGCCAGAGAUACUGUGGAUUCUGUACACCUCUUUACACAACUGCCCCACCACCCUGUGUUGACAACCUCUCAAACUGCCCUAACUAUGGAGAUUCCGUUUGCAACAACCCUCUGUACCAGGGAUGGGCGGAGGAUAACUGCCGAAAAUUCUGCGGAUUCUGUGGCCCUAGCGUCAGUGCUGUGGGAUUUUAUGGACAAUGUAACUACAAGGGAAAGUCUUACAAUCCUGGCGAGAAAUGGACAGAUGGAUGUGACUAUGAAUGUAUCUGUGAAGAUGGCGUCAGUGGCCGAUACAAGUGUUACAACAGGUGUCCCCUCUACUAUAACAUGCCCGCGGAGUGCACUCUUAUCCGUGACCCCCAGGAAUGUUGCCAGAAGCCUGUCUGCAACUUCAACCAGAACUUACAGACCUUUGAGCAGACCAACCCUGCCCGGACUGCGACUGGAGUCGGUGUGUGCGUGUAUAAAGGAAAGCAGUAUUACGAGAGUCAGUCUUGGACUGAUGGGUGCGAUUACCAAUGUACCUGCACUAAUGGAAAUACGGGACUCUACAAAUGCCAAUCUCGUUGUCCACGAUAUCAGUCCCUUCCACCAUACUGUCACAUGGUAAAGAAAGCCGGAGAGUGCUGUGCUCAACCAGUGUGUGAAUUCAACACUCAGACCGGAUCAUUCACAGGAACUGGUUCCAUCAGCGGUGUUGGAGUUGGUAAAACGCCCUCUACACCUCCACCAUGUGUGAAUCAGCUCUCCAACUGUGAAAGAUACGGCAAGGACGUAUGCACUGGAUUCGGUUCUUGGGCCUCUGUCAACUGCAGAAAAUAUUGCAACUUGUGCGAUGUCAAACCAACUCCUGCCCCUGCAGAUCGCUGCAUGUACCAGGGUCAGGCCUACAGUCAAGGUCAAGGGUGGAAGGUCAGCUGUGACACAGAGUGUAUCUGUGAAAAUGCUAUUUAUGGAUAUUACAGAUGUACUAACACAUGCCCUAAAUACAACAACUUGCCAAAGGGUUGCUAUGAAGUAAAGAAAGCUGGAAAAUGUUGUCCAACUGUUGAAUGCGAAAAUGGAGUUUUACUGACUUCCACCAACAACUUGGGAACCAUUGGCAGUGGUGGCCUUAUUAAUGUGCUCCACCCGCCAGUACCACAAGCUGUCCCUACUCUCCCAACUGGAGGCCAGCCCCUCCCAGGGACAGGAGGAACUGGUUUUAUGGCUCCAUCACUCAAGGGAUGUUUGUACAAGGGAGUUAAGUACAUUCAGGACCAGCUGUGGCAUGAUGAAUGUAAAUAUACUUGUGAAUGCCAGGAUGCAAGCAAAGGACUGUACAGAUGUAAUGAAAGAUGUCCAACCUACAUUAACCUGCCUGGAGAAUGCACCUUUGUAACUGACCCAAAUGAUGCCUGCUGUAAGAAACCCAGCUGUCCAGACCCCAACACCCCCAUUGUUCCAAUCUUUGGUCAGAGUAACAUUGGAUAUGGAGUAGUCCAGCCCCCCAGUGUGAUCGACCUGUACCAAAACUACAGUCCCAUCCCCUACACAGUCAUCUAUAACACAGGCCCCACCACACAUCCCCCAUCUGUCACCAAUCAUAGAGUAGGAUAUUGUCUGAGAAAUGGAAAGAAACAUCUACAGGGAGAGCAAUGGAACGAAGGCUGUGAUUACAUCUGUACUUGUGAGGAUGCCACCACUGGAAAAUGGAAGUGCACUCAAAGAUGCCGUGUCUACUCAAACCUGCCCAAGCAAUGUUACUUGAUCCAGGACCCCAACGAUGCCUGCUGCCAGAAGCCCAUGUGUGACUUCAACCCUGUUACUGGUACCCACAGUGGAUCUUACUCCCCAAUAGUUACAGUUACGCAACGUCCCACCACCACCCCACGACCAACAACACCCAAACCACAUGUUUGUAUUUACAACGGGAAGCAGUACAGCCAAGGACAAAUGUGGUAUGAUGGCUGUAACUACAAGUGUACUUGUGAUGAUGCCUAUGGUGGCAUCUACAGAUGCGUCAACAGAUGUCCAGUUUAUCAAAAUGUCCCUGAUGUUUGUACAAUGGUUCCUGACCAGAACGACCCCACUUGUUGCCAGAUGCCCCAGUGUAACUUCUCACCAGUCACUAACACUGUACCUGGACAGGGCCAGGUUGUCUCCACUCUGGCUCCAGGAACCUACCAGGGAACCGGAACAGGGGUCAACAUUGGAUUUUGUGCAUACAAAGGAAAACAGUACCAGCAGGGACAGACCUGGGACGAUGGCUGUGAUUACCGCUGUGAAUGUAAAGACCAGAACACAGGAAGAUAUGUCUGCUCAGAUAUGUGUCCACGCUACAGUAGCUUACCGGCUCAGUGUAAGCUGAUUCAGGACUUCAGAAACCCAUGCUGCAAGGUGCCAGACUGUGGAUUUAGUGGAACUGUUGGAAGCAUUACUGGACAGAAUACCCUGGCCCCCUCAUUGCCAGGACAGCCCACCCCCUCUCCAAACCCCCUCAAUCCCAACCCAACACCAGGCAUGGGAGUGCCCGUUCUGAAUUACUGUUUAUACAAAGGAGUGAAAUAUUAUCAGGGACAGACCUGGGAAGAUGGAUGUGACAAGAAGUGUCUUUGUGACAGGGCUUCAGAGGGCCUCUACACUUGUAAUGAUAGAUGUCCAAAGUACACCCAGGCUCUGCCUAAAGAAUGCCGAAUGGUGACCUCCACGACAGACUCUUGCUGUCAGGAACCCAAAUGUGACAUCCCAUCCCUGUUGACCAACAUCACUGGAACCAUCUCCCCUGGCAUGAUCCCCACACUGGCUCCCCCUGGUGUCAUCUCAGGAAAUGCCAAUACCCCUACUCCAAUGCCACAAGCCCCUGGACAGACAACCAUAGCACCUAAACCUCUCAACUUCUGUGUAUACAAAGGCCUGCAGUAUGCCACUGGGGCACGAUGGGACGAUGGUUGUGAUUACACAUGUGUUUGUACAGAUGGAAUGACGGGGCAUUAUGACUGCACAGAAAAAUGCCCAAGAUAUGGCCAAUUACCCCGUGAAUGCUACCUCACCAAAGAUCCAGCCAACCCAUGUUGCCAGAAACCUGAAUGUUCCUUCAACCCUUCAGUCAGUGAAUUCACUAAUGCUCCAACAACCAAAGCUCCUUUGCCAGGAUCCACUAACGCUCCUACUCCUCAGCCCUCAGGUCAACCAAACCCCAACCCAUACCCAACUCCAGCUCUUCCCAAAGCCGUGUGUGUCUACAAGGGAAAGAGUUACACCCAGGGUCAGCAGUGGUUUGAUGGUUGUGAUUACACCUGUACAUGUGAAAAUGCUAUGACUGGUGUGUACAGAUGCAGCAGGAGAUGUAUUGAAUAUCCCCAAAUGACCCAAGGCUGCAGCCUUGUUGCUGAUCCCAAGGAUCCAUUGUGCUGUAAGGUACCCCAGUGCCAGGUCCCACCCAAGUACAGCAACCAGACAGGCUUCAUUAACGUUCCCACCCCCCCACCAGGUGUUAUAACUGGAGGUUCCGUCACAAAGGCUCCCACCCCUCAGCCCACUUUGGCUCCUGGCCUUACCCCCUCUCCAGGCUCACCCACUCCUGGUGUGACACCAGCACCCAUACCUGUUUGUAUCUACAAGGGAAGCCAGUACACACAAGGACAAAGAUGGCAAGAUGGCUGUGACUUCAACUGUGAAUGUACAAAUGCUAAUACUGGAAACUAUAGAUGUACUGAAAUGUGUUCUAAAUACAAUGGACUCCCCCCUCAGUGCCAGCUGGUCACUGAUGUCAACAAACCCUGUUGUAAGAAGCCUUACUGUAAUUUCCAGGGAGUCACCAUCCAGGUCACAGGAACCCCAGCUCCAAACAUGGGAACCACAAUAGCCCCCAACCCCCUCAACCCUACUGGCCCCACACUGUUCCCAACUCCUGCUCCUCCAGAGGUUUGUGUAUACAAUGGAGUACAGUUUAAACAAGGAGCUACAUGGCAAGAUGGCUGCUCUCUGAACUGUGUCUGUGAAAAUGGAAAGACAGGUUUCUACAGAUGUAAUGAAAGGUGUGCCCGAUAUGACCAAGUUCCUGCUGGAUGCACCAUGACAACAGACCCCAGUGACAGCUGUUGUAGAAUCCCUCUCUGUACCCCACAACCAGUAUCCACACCAGCACCACAACCUGGUCAGACACAGAGUCCCAACCCUACACCACCCCAGGUCCCCGUGGUCACAGGAUCUGUCAUUGGAAUAGGUGUAACCCCAACACCUAGGCCAGGUCAGACCCCAGUACCCAACCCAGUACCAGUGUGUGUCUACAAAGGUGUGCAAUACACACAGGGACAGAAAUGGGAUGAUGGAUGUCAGUACAAGUGUGAAUGUAUAGAUGCCAAUGCUGGAAAGUACAAGUGCACUAAGAGGUGUGGGGAGUUCCCGAGCCUGCCUGCUCAGUGUUCCCUGAUCAAUGAUCCCAAAGACCAGUGCUGCAGAGUACCCUUCUGUCAGCCUACACCAGUCAGUACUCCUGCACCAAACCCCAUGGUCAACCCAAAUCCAAACCCUAAUCCUAAUCCAGGAACCACCAUAGCCCCAGGAGUAAAUCCCACACUGGCACCCAACCCUAACCCCAACCCAACAGGACCAACACCAGUACCUCAACCUAAAAACAUCUGUGUGAUGAAUGGUCGCACCUACACCCAGGGACAGCAAUGGUACGAUGGCUGUGACAGGAUCUGUAGAUGUGAGGAUGGAAGCACUGGAUUCUACAGAUGUCAAGACAGAUGUCGCAAAUAUGACUCUGUUCCACAAAACUGUAUCCUUGUGGCAGAUCCUAAGGAUCCUCAAUGCUGUAAGGUUCCCUCUUGUAUCCCAGGACCAAAUGGUUUCCCCACCCCCACCCCAGGACCUGAUGGAUCUACUGUUGCCCCACAACUCAUCACCGAUGUCCCAGUAGGUGUGGUCACAGGAUACGCCAAACCAACACCCACAGCCACACCGGCUCCAGUUCCAGUGGGAGGAACAACUGCCAAGCCCAUGCCAACACCUGCUCUACCAGAUGUUUGUGUAUACAAGGGAGUUCAGUAUGCUCAGGGACAGAGAUGGCAAGAUGGAUGCUUGUAUAACUGUGUCUGUGAGAAUGGAAUGACCGGCAAAUACAAGUGUACUGAGAGAUGUGCAGCCUACCCAGCCCUGCCUCCCUACUGUAAACUGGUACAGGAUCCUAAAGACUACUGCUGUCAACAGCCUCUGUGUAACUACCAGACACAAGCCCCAUCUGUUCCUCCAUCACUGACCCCCAGCCCUGCCCCAGGACUCCCCACAGUUGCUCCAAAUCCUAACUCCACACCAGCACCCAAUCCUCUGGCUGUAUGUGUGUACAAGGGAGUUACCUACCAGCAGGGAGACACCUGGAAUGAGGGCUGUGUGAAAAGAUGUCGCUGUGAUGAUGCCAGCAAGAAUAUCUACACUUGCUUUGACAGGUGUCCAUCCUACAAACUGAACCCAGGCUGUGUAAUGACCACAGACCCCAAUGACCCCUGCUGUCAAGUACCCUCAUGUACAGUGGUACCAACACCACUACCUGUUGUUACACCAUCUCCAAUGCCAGGAUUGAACACUGUUGUGCCAGGAACUGUCCCUACCCCUGUUCCAUCAGCCUACCCAUCCCCAAUCCCCACAGGGCAAGUGGGUACCAUUGUAGGAAAACCUCAGAAUCCUCCUCUCAGAGCAUUGUGUGACUACAAGGGAAUGAAGUAUGCAACUGGACAAAAAUGGCAAGAUGGUUGUCAGUAUGACUGUGAAUGUAUUGAUGGAACAACUGGACAGUACAGAUGUACUGAGAAGUGUCCAAGAUAUGCCCAGAUCCCAAGUUACUGCUACUUGGCACAGGAUCCUAAAGAGCCUUGCUGUAAAGUCCCAGUUUGUAAUGUUGUUGCCCCCACACCACAACCAGGGGUAACCCCCACCCCAGGAGCAAUUAAGACUCCCCUUCCAGGAUCCACUUUCCCACCAACACUGAUGCCCCCUGUGACUCCAGGACCCUUACCCACACCACCACAACCAAAGAAUGUGUGCAUCAUGAAUGGCAAAUCCUACACACAAGGACAACAGUGGGAUGAUGGAUGUAAACAGAUUUGUGUUUGUGAUGAUGGAACAACCGGACACUACACUUGCAGAUCAAGAUGUGCUCAGUAUCCUAACAUUGCACCAACUUGCAUCAUGGUUCCAGAUCCCAAUGAUCCCAAAUGUUGCCAGAUUCCACAGUGUGACCAGACCAACCCCAACCAGCCAUCUGGAGUCACGGGCAGCAUAACUGGCACCAAUCCCCCAACACCACUACCAAAUGUCACUCCAACUCCCAACCCUAAUCCCAAUCCCAAUCCCAAUGUCAAUCCUACACCAAAUCCUUAUCCAAAUCCAACACCCUACCCAGGAGGCACCUACCCACCCUAUCUGAUUCCAUCAGUCAGACCCAAUGUGACACCAGUCCCAGGAACACAGACCACACAGGCACCUGUCGUGACUCCUCAGCCUAAGGUAUGCAUAUACAAGGGCAAGGCCUACACUCAGGGACAGAAAUGGAGAGAUGGAUGUGACUACAACUGUGAAUGUCUGGAUGGAAUGACUGGCAAAUAUGUGUGCACAGAAAUCUGUCCCCGGUACCCCAAUCUGCCUGUGGGAUGUGUCAUGGUCAAUGACCCAGCCAAUCCAUGCUGUAAGAAGCCAGACUGCAGUAACCCAACUCCUGUGCCAGUUCUGACCCCAAGUCCGAAACCAGGAUUCAGCCCCACACCAGCCCCCAUGAACACACCCACACCAAGUUUCUGUGUCUACAAUGGAAUCCCCUACCAGGAAGGCAAGACAUUUGAGGAUGGCUGUGACAAGAUCUGUACCUGUGAGAAUGGCAUGUCUGGUCAUGUGACAUGUAAAGACAGAUGCCCAACAUUCCCGCCACUGAAGGCUGGCUGUAAGAUGGUGACAGACCCCAAUGACAAGUGUUGUCAGACACCAAGCUGUGUUGACCCCACUACCCUAGUCCCAUACAGCCCAGGUGGUACCAUCAAUGGUGGGAAUGUUCCCCCUCAACCUGGCUCCCCUGUUACUGGUGGCAGAAAUGUGUGUGUAUACAAUGGAAAGGUUUAUACCCAAGGACAACAGUGGGAUGAUGGAUGUACCUACCACUGCGUGUGUCUGGACUCCAGCACCGGUCACUACCAGUGUACAGAGAAAUGCAACAGAGUUCCACAGUUACCAUCUUACUGCACAAUGGUGAAUGAUCCCAAUAACCAAUGUUGUCAGAUGCCCUACUGCCAGAACCCCAACCCAACACCUAACCCCACUCCUUCACCAAAUGGUUCCCCCACACUUGUACCAAGCCCAGGACCAAACCAGAACCCUACACCAGCUCCCAAGCCUAAAGAUGUGUGUGUAUUUAAGAACAGCCAGUACUACAAACAGGACCAGCAGUGGUAUGAUGGAUGUAAUGCUGUGUGUCGAUGUGAGAAUGCAGCCACAGGCUAUUACAGAUGCCAGGAAAGAUGUGCAAGAUACACCAGUGUACCAUCUGAGUGUACUCUGGUUCCUGACCCCAAAGACCCUUCAUGUUGUCAAGUACCUAAAUGCCCAGUAAAGCCCACAGCUGGCCCAGUGCCCACACCAGGAUUUGUACCCACACCUAUCACUGUUAAGCCAGGAGUACUGACUGGUCUUGCUCCUGUGCCCACAAAUCAACCCACCCCUGCCCCAGCCCCUGGUCAGACACCUGGACCAACUCUUGCUCCACCUCUGCCCAAAUCUGGAUGUUACUACAAGGGUGUGGUUUACAACAAGGGAGUGACCUGGUCUGAUGGCUGUCAGUAUGACUGUGUAUGCUUGGAUGAUAUGACAGGACAGUACAAGUGUACUGAAAAGUGCACCAAAUAUCCCAACCUGGAUAGUCACUGUGUUUUGAUUCAGGACCCACAAAACCCAUGCUGCCAGAAGCCUUACUGUGACUUUGUCAACCCUACACCAUUCCCUAAUGGCAUCCCCACUCCACAGCCUAUCAUGACCCCAUCACCAAUGCCAGGUAAUCCCUCAGUGGCCCCCAACACUGUACCAACACCGGCCCCAAAUCCCACUAGAGCCCCACCACCAGGAUACUGUGUGUACAAGGGUGUCUUCUACACUCAGGGCCAGACCUGGAACGAUGGCUGUGACAAGACUUGCCAGUGUGAUGAUGUGACAACUGGAUACAUCUCCUGUCAUCCAAGAUGUCGUACCUACCCAAGUGUUCCAGCUGGUUGUGUCCUAAGGACAGAUCCUAAAGACAGUUGCUGUGUGGCCCCAGACUGCAACAAGCCCAAUGCUUUGAACCCAACACCUCAACCUACUCCCACACCAGGACCUGGCGGCAUAACACUGAACCCUCAGGUGAACCCCAGCACUAAUGGAGUCAUGAUCUACCCCUCACCGGUCCCCACUGGAAGCUUUAUAGGAACUGGUAUCAACCCAGGAACCAGUGGUUCAGGGGCCUGUAUUUACAAGGGUGUGGCCUACAACCAAGGAGAUAAAUGGGAGGAUAACUGCCAAUACAAGUGUGAGUGUAUCGAUGCCAACCGAGGACAAUACAAAUGUACAGACAGAUGCUACACAUACCCACCACUUCCACCACAGUGCAGCUAUGAGCGUGAUCCCAAUGAUGCCUGCUGUCAGAGAGCCAAAUGUUCACCUUACAUACCAACCUACAAUCCAACAGUUGGUCCAAACACAGCACCUGUUGUCACACCCACACUUGCAUCUAAUACACCUGUUGUUAUCAACCCUGGCACUACCAAACCUUUUGGUGGCUCACAGCCCACUGGACCAGUUAUCAUCAAUCCCAACACCAACACACCUUCUACAGGAUCCAAAACCACUCCCAACCCCAUUGUUAUUAAUCCUGGCAGUAAUACUCCAAGUAGUGGCUCUAACACAACACCAAAACCUUCAAACAUGUGCUUGUACAAGGGAGGCCUUCAUCCACAAGGAUCUAACUGGCAGGAUGGCUGUGAUUACACAUGUUAUUGUGUGGAUGCUAUGUCCAACAGCUACAGAUGUCAGGCCAGGUGUAAGACUUACUCCUCCAUCCCAUCCUACUGCCACCUGAUCCCAGAUCCCGCAGACCAAUGUUGUGAGAAGGUGGAAUGCACUGCUCCCAAUGGUCAGGUCCUGACCCCACAGAUCCCAAGUGGACCCACAGUUUCCCCAACUCUGGCCCCCAGCAUUCAGCAUGUGAUCCCUGUAGGAACCCAUCAAAUCUUCACAGGAUCAGGACAGCCUAAUUUCCCUAUUGGUGGAGCCCCUGGAACCUCUGGAAGUAGAAGUGGCUGUGUGUACAAGAGCACAGUUUACCACCAAGGACAGUCCUGGGAUGAUGGUUGUAAAUAUGUCUGCAGCUGUGAAGAUGAAGCCACAGGUCUUUACAAAUGUACAUCUAAGUGCCCCACUUACCCACCCCUGCCAAGCUAUUGUAGUUUUGUUAAUGUACCUGGACAAUGCUGCCCCACUCUGAGCUGUAACAGUCCUGACUUUGGCAAAUACAACCCUGCUCCCCAGCUGUACCCCACACCAGCUCCCUCUAUUCAACCCUCACUGGUACCCCAUGUCAUCAACCCAGGAUACAACCCAGGAACCAGUGGCAGCAGCCAUGUAGUACCUGGCACAGUGGCAACAGGAUUCACUGGAAAUAGAAACGGUUUGUGUAUCUACAAAAAUAAACUGUACAAUCAGGGUGACAAAUGGGAUGAUGGAUGUGAAUAUUCUUGUGAAUGUAAAGAUGGAAACAGUGGAUACUACGAGUGUACACCUAAAUGCCCGAACUACAACCUACCAGCAAACUGUUAUCUCAUGCGAGCUGGAGGAGACUGCUGCCCACAGCCCAUGUGUAGAAAUACAGAUGGCAGCACUGUCAACCCUCUGACCUCUCCUGGUUCACAGUACCCGGUGUAUGGAACUUACCCCGGAGGCUUCACAGGAUUCAGACCUGGAUAUGUUCAACCUUCCCCCUCAGGCACAUCAUUCACAAACCACUCCAAUGUGUGUAUCUACAAGGGAUCAGUGUACAGACAAGGUAACACAUGGGAGGAUGGAUGUGACUUCACCUGCACCUGUGUGGACGAGUCCAGAGGAAUAUACCAGUGCACUGCCAGAUGUAAGACCUACACUUCUCUCCCAUCAGUCUGCAGAAUGUAUGAUGUUCCUGGUGAGUGUUGUGCUGAAGUCAGAUGUAAAACCACAGACACUUCCCCUACCCCUCCAGUCAUUGGUUUCUCCACCCCCAGACCAUACCUGGACCCACUCUGUCAUGACACCAUCGACAACUGCAAAAACUAUCAAAAGGAUGUAGCCUGUCAUGGAGCCUAUGAAACCUGGGCUAGAUCUCACUGUAACAUGACUUGUGGAUUCUGCACCCCAUCAGUUGUAGUGCCAACAGUCUGCACUGACAGAAUUGACAACUGUGCACAAUAUGGUAAAUCAGUCUGCCAGGGAACUUAUCAACCAUGGGCCACAGACAACUGUGCCAAAUACUGUGGACUUUGUCAGACUUCUGGAGGAUCCCCAGUAACUGUGUCCCCCACACCAAACACAGGUUGUCAGGAUAAGAUCAACAACUGCCAGGCUUUUGGAAAGAGUGCAUGUACCGGACAGUUUGAACCCUGGGCUCGUGACAACUGUCGUCUCUACUGUGGUUUCUGCAGUUCCACAGGAUCAGUGAUCAACUACCAGGUUCUCCCUCCUACAGGUUACACAACGCUGAUGAAGGGUGUGGCUGGAGUCCCAGGAGACAUGUACCAGAUUUGGACAAGCCCAGCUACAAUGAACGUCAACAACCCUCAGGCCAUGUAUCUGACAAAUCAAUUCAAAGGUCAUUACAAAACAGACCUCUCUCGUUGGAACGACAUGUGUUUGGACAGGAUCAGGGUAUCGAUCUACAAGAAUGGACAAGAAAAAGCCUACAUUGAAUUCAACGCUAUUGGUGCCAACCAAAACAACUGGUUUGAUCCCAGCAGAAUCAUCUCCUCUAGCUAUACAGACAUUAGAACAGCUGCCAAGGAAGUCUUCAGUAUGAUGGGUGACACAUCCACUGGUCGCGAGUUCCUUAUGAGCCAGCAUUCUAACUCUCAAUGUGACACUUACGGAUGGAUCAUGAUAUCCACUCAGAAUAACUGUCCAUUUGAGGCCAGCUCUGGUGGCAAGCCUGCCUUCUUGUAUGCACCAGGCCAAACUUCUGCCCACUUUGAACAAACUCAAGUUGGAACUGGAGAUGUUCUAGCCAUUAUGGGACAUCAGGGAACUUGCAUUGCUACUGUGAUGCCCACUCAAAUAAUCACAAGCAGUUAUGCCUGUGUAUACAACAACAAGGUCUACAACCAAGGAGACAGCUGGACGGAUGGCUGCAAGUACAACUGUACCUGUACCGAUGCUAGAAAUGGAAACUACCAGUGUGUGGAGCUGUGCCCAACCUACUCUCAACUUCCACAAGGUUGUUCCCUUGUCAAACGACCAGGAUCCUGUUGUGCCGUACCAGAUUGUGGCAACCAUGUCUACAACCCCAGCAGCAGUAACGCAGCUGAGAGAGGUCUGUGUUACUACAAGGGAGAUGUGUACUCCCAGGGAGAAAACUGGAAUGAUGGAUGUCAGUACAAAUGCACCUGUCUUGAUGCCACCACAGGAAGAUACCAAUGUAACCCGAAAUGCUUGAGCUGGCCAAGUCUGCCUGCAGGCUGCGUAUUGCAGGCCCCAGCACCAGGACUAUGCUGUCAACAACCCAAGUGUCCAUCUAAUGUACAAAUCAACUUUCCCCCCGGAUACCAAAUAGAAUAAACAGAUUCUCUCACUAUAGGAACAUUAUUUAUUUGUGCAAUGUUUAACAAAGACUAUACAAUUGGUGCAUACACUCUACAAUUUGUUAUAUAAUAAAAUUAUAUUUUGUUA